AUGAGGGAUUUCCAAGGAGCUGGGAUACACCUUGUGGAGAAACUGAAGCGGAGUGAACAGAGGCGUCAGAAACGUUUACGGUACUCCCCGAGUGACUCCCAGCUUGAGAUCAACCGACAUCAUUACUUCCGAUACCGGCGCCUUAGUGGAGAUGCAACCAAAGACACGUCUAAGACUGUGGAAUGGGAAGAGGGCAUCCACGAAAUAAAAACCAAACGACCUCGUAGUUUGCCCAAAAACAUCUUCCGAAUCGCAAAUGGCAAGCGAGUUUCCAGUCCUGGGAAGACACAUGGACAGUCGACCAGCCCAGAUCAGACAUCUCCCACGAAGUCAUCACCUCCAAAGUCUCUGCCAACCACUAAAGCUCAAAGCCAGGUCACAGACCAGUACAAGUCUCUACCCCCUGGUCUUGGAAAUGAUGCCUUAGUGCCAACUAGUCCUGGAAAUGGAAAUUUAUUAGACACACCAGUAUUUGAACACUCUGUAGUCGAAUUGGAAGAAUGGAAACAGACGACUCUUACUGGUGCCAAUAUCCCCUUCAGCCCUUCUGACCCACGCAGGAACUCUCUAGACAAAGUUGGGAACACUCUGGAUGAGCCUCGAGGAAAAUGGCUGAGAAAAUACUCUCCAGUGAAAAAGGAACAGAGUGAUGAUUAUGUUCAGCAAGGGACCAGAUCUUUCUCUGACUCCUUCACGGACUCUGGACAGUCCUAUAGCUCUGAGGUUUCAAACAGAAGCACAGUGUCAGAAUCCGAGAUGGAUACCAGCACUGAAAACCUCCCAGGCUUGCAGUCGAUGCCAUCUUUCAAGCGGGAUUUCCAUAUGACAUGUCUGGAUGUGUCCCAGAACAAGAUUGGUUCCUUGUCCCAUCUUCUGGAGGCAAAGGAACAAUUACUGGCCUGCUUCGCUCGCCUCCAGAAACUCGACCUCAGCUACAACCAGCUGGAGACACUCACCAGCAAACUCUUCAAGCACUUCCCAAGUCUACAGUAUGUGGAUAUACGAUACAACAAUCUGAAAUCAUUUCCACAUGAAUUCGUAGAGUGUACUGCACUUAUCUCUCUCGAUCUCAGUCACAACCAGAUCACCAAUCUGAGCAACAAGGACCUGUCUGGAAUCUACAGCAUCAGGGAACUGAAUCUUUCUUCUAAUCAGAUUGAAAACUUUCCAGACAAAAUUGACAAAGCCAUGCCACAUUUGGAGAAGCUGAUUCUUUACAAGAACAAGAUAUCUAGUCUUCCCAAGUCCACCAUUAACCUGCCACAGCUCCGACGUCUUGACCUGUCCAGGAACUUCAUCACACACCUACAUGGCAACUUCCUGUCUGCCUGUAACAAGCUGGAAACACUCGAGAUGGUCAGCAAUGGUCUAGAACAACUCCCUGGCGAGGACAUGGCCAAACAUUUUCCCCGACUCAGCACUUUGAAGUUAAAGGGGAACCUGCUGAAGGAGAAAGAACCAUUCUACAUUCCAAAGUUCAUCUUGGAACUUCAGAGCCUCAGGUUUGUGGAUUUGUCCAAGAACGGGCUGAUGGGAUUCCCUCCUCCAGUGUUAUGGAAGUCCCAGAUCCUGAAGGAAAUCUUAGUGUCUGAAAACAACAUCUCAAGACUUAAUUUGGAUGGUGCUAAAGCUUGGGCUAAAGUUGAGAAGUUCCAUAUUGCAAGGAACAAGCUGUCAGAGAUUCCAAAGGAUAUUGGUCAUCUGGUAUCGCUACAAUCACUGGACUUGAACCAUAACAAGUCCUUGACUUCUCUACCAGAUGAACUUGGCAGGUGCUCUCGCAUGUGGGAGAUGCCUCUUGAUGGCUUGAACUUGAGUGACCUUGAUGACAGUCUCGUUAAAGGAAGAGUGAAGGAUCUGAUAAUCUAUCUCCACAAUCGACUGAAAAAGGCCCAGCGUUACUUCCGCAUGAAGCUGAUGGUGGUUGGAUACGGGAACCGUGGCAAGACCACCCUUCUGAACACACUCCGCAGGAAGACAAAACAUAGAAGUGAGACGAGACCCACAGUCGGAGUUGUGGUGGAUGAUUGGAAGUACGAGAGACAGAACUUCCGCCACAACAUGAAGUACACCCUGUCUACGUGGGACUUUGCCGGGCAGGAGGAGUUCUACAGCACACACCAGUGCUUCCUGUCCAAUAGGGCGCUCUAUCUGGUUGUGUAUGAUGUCAGCAAGGGGCUGGAGGAGAUUGACCGACUGAAACCCUGGCUGUCCAACAUCCACUUCCGGGCACCAGGAUGUCCAGUCAUCGUUGUGGGGACUCAUUUCGACAAGCUAAAUCCAGAACAUGCAGCUGACCAGAUUGACGGGAUGGAAGCAAAACUGUACGAGCUGUCCAAGAAACCAGGUUUCCCAGAGCUGAACUGUACUGCUGUCGUUGAUGCUACCAAGGAGAACCCGGAGGUGGAUAGGUUGCGGAGACGAGUCAAGGAGGUCAUCGAUAGUUACAAGAUCCGAGGACAACUGGUGAUGGGUCAGAAGGUUCCAGCAAGCUAUGUGCGCCUAGCAGAGCUGCUGUCGGAGGAGGCCCGGAACCUGGAGAGCAUACGUUACCCAGUUAUCCGGCAAGGGAGGCUGUCGCAGAUAGUCCAGGGGCUGGACCUGCAGGAGGAGGAGGAACUACAGCAGGCUGUGAGGUUCCUGCAUGAGGGCGGGGUCCUGCUCCACUACAACGAGACAGCGCUGCAGCUGAGAGACUUCUACUUCAUCAACCCUGGCUGGUUGUGUCGGAUGAUGGCACAAGUGGUCACUGUCAGGAUGAUCAAUCCAUUCAUUGACCCUUUGACUGGGAUAAUGAAGAAGUGUGAUGUGAGCUUGUUGUUCCGAGGAGAAUCAUUCCCCAACAGCCUAAUACCCCAGUAUCUCAGACUCCUCGAGAAAUUUGAAAUAGCAUUGCCGAGGAACGAGGAGGAGUUACUGAUCCCUUGUCGCCUUCCUGAACAGAAACCUGCCCUCAGAAUGCCUAACUUGUCCAAACAUGAGAAGAUAUCCCGGAUCUACUCCAUGCCGUUCACGCCGCUGGGCUUUUGGUCUCGUCUCAUCACACGUCUCAUCGUCUUCUCCAACAGCAACGUCACAGAGACCAUGAUGCAGCUUAGAAGGGAGCCUCAGAUGCAGUACUGGAGACAAGGAAUCCUCGUCAAGUGGUCAAAGAGUGCCUUCUUCCUGGUGGAUGCUACCAAGCAGCAGGAGAGCGAGGAGUUGUACAUCACAGUGCCAGCCUCACAGCAUGGCUACCAACUUCUGGGCUUCCUGGCUGAUCAUAUCGAUGCUCUCAUAGAUGAGUGGUACCCCGGUUUAACCAGCAUUGACCCCAUCCUUGGCCGGGAGCUCCUGGAGAAGUUUGUUCCCUGUGUUAAGUGUAAAGGGCCUGAACCGUACAAGUUUGUGUUUGAGGAUCUGCUGCGACAGUCAGAGAGGAGUGAUGUCAUCAAAUGCCCGUACCACGAAGAUGACGUGCAGCUGGCAGAUCUGGCACCAGAUGUGAUGUUGAGAGAUUUGGAAGAUAAGUUCCACAUGGAUUGUGAUCAGCUGGAGCUGAAGGAGAGUUCCGAGUACUUGCUUGGUGAUGGGGGUUUCGGGGCUGUCUUCAAAGCCAUCUAUAAGAACCAGGUGGUUGCUGCCAAAGUGUUUGCUGCGAUUGGCGACGUCCAUCCUCACAAGAUGCUGAGACAGGAGGCCACCAUCCUGAGACGACUGAACCACCCUAGUGUGGUGUCCCUGAUCUCGGUGGGACUCCGCCCAAGCAGGGUGGUGUUGCUGGAGUUAGCUGCCCUUGGUUCACUGGGGUCACUGUUGAAGGGCAACAAGCCUCUAAGCAGAUCCUUACAACACAGAAUAGCUGUCCAGGUGGCUGAAGGCCUCCAGUAUCUCCAUCUGCUGAUGGUGGUGUACCGCGACCUCAAGCCGGACAAUGUCCUUAUCUUCAGCAACUCCCCCAGCGCCCUGGUGAACGCCAAGAUCUCUGACUACGGCAUCUCCCAGUUCACGACCCUGUAUGGGCUGACCGCCCAGGAGGGGACGCCAGCCUACAGGGCCCCCGAGGUGGUCCGGAGGGAGACUUACUCCUUCCAGGCGGACGUCUUCUCAUUCGGCAUCACAUUGUACUGCCUGCUGACGGGUCGACAUCCAUAUGACGAGCUUGAGUUCAAGUCAGAGAUGGACAAGGCUGUCGCUGAGAACCGACCCGUCCAAGCUAUCACUCAGAGAGGUCAGGCACCAUGGCCAGACAUGCAGGAUGUCAUUACACAGUGCUUGCAGCAGAUCCCAGACCAUAGACCCACGUCCAGUGAUCUGGUGGAGAGGUUGGCGUCGGCGGAGCUGUUCUGUCUGAAGGAUGUCAUACCGGUGUCUGUGGGCACCACGGUGGAGUGUAUGGCUCAUCAGGUACUGGGUGAGGACAAUGUUCGUCUGUGGGUUGCCAGCGGUGACAGUGACUACAUGCAACUGAGCUGGCUCAACCUACUCGACUACCACGACGACAGCAGGGGCAAGCUAAGCCGCAAGUCUAUAGACUACAGUGGCAGGGUGAUGCGUGAGGGUAGAAUCCUGUGCAUCCUUCCUAUAGACGAGGACCACGUGCUGCUGGGCACACAGACUGGCUUGAUUUGGGUGUUCAAUGCUAAGGAUUGUGAUCUGAAACAUUCCACCAGGAGGCUGCCGGACUCUGUCCUCUCACUACUCCUCAUCAAAAGGAGAGGGGACAAUCUGGUGCUUGCAGGUUUAGCCAAUGGAGGGAUCAAAUUCUGUCCUGUCUCAGAGAUUCUGGAGGAGCCAGACAGCACCCUACUUGGGAUGAACCUGGGCAAGUCACACGAACCGGUGCGAUGUCUCGUGCAGGUCGACAAGAGGAUCAUAGCUUCCUGUGGCACCAAGGUCGUCAUUUUCAUCAGCUCCAGGAACGGUCUUGGGAUAGAAAAGGAUUUUGAUACAGUUAAAAGCAGUGGCAAAGUGAGGUCCCCCAUCUGUACUAUGGCAGUAGGACGUCACAUCUUUCUGUCUCGGCGUCGGUCUGCCAUGCUGGAGGUGUGGGACCAGAACAAGGAGAGACAGAGGGGCUGUUGCAACAUCGCGGACACAUUCAGAAUUUCAACAGAUGAAGCCAGAAUCACAUCCAUACUGUACCUACAAGACAGCCGGGCAUUGUGGGUAGGAACUGGUGGAGGUCACGUGGUGGUGGUGGAUGCAGUGUCCCUGGCGCCGAUCAUGCAGACCGCCCGGCACACGGCGUCGAUUAGAUCACUGAUGGCAAUCAAGUCUAUAGCAUAUCAGCCAUGCUCAGUUGUCCUGAGUGGAGGACUUGGAUUUCGACACAGACCUGAGGCUGAAGUUAAGAAAGAUGGUCAAUACGGAUGUAUCGCAGUCUGGGAUGCAGAGUUCCCGCAGAUCGUGCGGCUGUUUGAAGACGACCGGAAGAAAAGACAAGAGCUGGAGAACAACAUGAAGAAAGAAAGAAGGACGCAAUUCUUGUAGACCUUGCUGCUUCUAAAUGGAGAUGUGGACUCGUAGAAUCAGAUAUUUAUUUCCAGGAACUGUGAUACACUGAUACCUAAGACACUGUGCAUCAAGAUCAGUGAUGAAUAGACUAAUAUUUUACCACUGUGCCAAUACCAAUAUAGGUCCAAGUGUGCAUCAAAGUCAGUGAUGAAUAGACUAAUAUUUUACCACGGUGCCAAUACCAGUAUAGGUCCAAGUGUGCAUCAAAGUCAGUGAUGAAUAGACUAAUAUUUUACCACGGUGCCAAUACCAGUAUAGGUCCAAGUGAACAGUCACAAGAAAUAUGAUAUUAGUACUGAACUAUAUAAGGCUGUGUAUAUAUCCUUCAACAAGUGAAUGGGGCAUGGUUGGCUCAGUGGGCAAAGGUGACUUUAAUUGUUGGUUUCAAUCCCAGAUUUGCCCUGAUAUGUUUUAUGUUCAAGUGACAUGCUCUUUAAUAACGGACAUACUGUUCAAAGCAUGCUGACCAAACUCACCCUUUGACUCUUUUCAGUGAGUGAAAACAUUGAAGACGAAAA